GAGAUCGAGAGGAUCAGGAUUCAAGGCCAGCCCCAGCAAAAAGUUCGAGAGACCCUCAUCUCAACCAAUGUCUGGGCAAGGUGGUAUGCACCUGUCCUCCCGGUAUAGCAGAAAGCACAAAUGAGAGGAUCGUGGUCCCGGCUGGCCUGGGCAUAACAUGAGACCUGAUCUCAAAACUCACCAAUGCAAUGAAGACAGAGAAUGUGGUUCAAGUGGUAGAGCAUCCGUCCAGCAAGCACAAGGCCCUGAGUUCAAACCCCGGCACUGCAAAAAGAAAGAACAUAGACAAAGAAAAAACAAUAAGUUUACUCUGGCAAAAAGUAUACUCUGAGCUGGCCAUAGUGAUGAAAUCAAGAGGCAAAGGGCUCCGGCGGCGGCGGCGGGAGAUGGGCGCCCGGCCCUCGCGGCGGCGGCUGCGGGUGGACCCGCCGGUGGCCCUUGACGCGCUGCCCCCCGAACUGCUGGUGCAGGUGCUGAGCCACGUGCCGCCGCGCGCGCUCGUGACGCGCUGCCGCCUGGUGUGCCGCGCCUGGCGCGACGUGGUGGACGGGCCCACCGUGUGGCUGCUGCAACUGGCCCGCGACCGCAGCGCCGAGGGACGCGCGUUCUACGCCUUGGCCCAGCGCUGCCCGCCAGAGGGCGAGGACGAGGAGGAGUUCCCGCUCUGCGCCCUAGCGCGCUACUGUCUGCGCGCGCCGCUGGGCCGCAACCUUAUCUUCAACUCCUGCGGAGAGCAGGGCUUCAGAGGCUGGGAGGUGGAGCACGGCGGGAAUGGCUGGGCCGUGGAAAAGAAUCUGACACUGGUGCCAGGGGCUCCUUCCCAGACCUGUUUUGUGACUUCUUUCGAAUGGUGCUUCAAGAGGCAGCUUGUGGACCUGGUGAUGGAGGGGGUAUGGCAGGAGCUGCUGGACAGCGCCCAGAUUGAGAUUUGCGUGGCUGACUGUCUCCCUCCUCUCAACCCAGAGCGCUGGCUGGGUGGCAGGGGCAUGGAGGCUCACUGCCACCCGGCAGGUGGGGCGCCCGAGAGAACUGCGGCUGCAUCUACCGGCUUCGUGUGCGCCUCCUGGACGUGUACGAAAACGAAGUGGUCAAGUUCUCGGCGUCACCCAACCCUGUCCUUCAGUGGACCGAGAGGAGCUGCCGACAGGUCUCCCACGUGUUCACCAACUUCGGCAGAGGCAUCCGCUAUGUGUCUUUUGAGCAGUACGGGAGAGACAUGCGCUCCUGGGUGGGGCACUACGGAGCCCUGGUGACCCACUCCAGUGUCAGGGUCAGGAUCCGGCUGUCC